UCUCUCUCUCUCUCUCUGAUUUCAAUGGCGUUCCAGAGAUAUUUCAUCUCUCUGGUUGUGAUCUUGGUCUGCUUUCUGGCCUCCUCGGAAGCUUACAACUUCUUCGUCGGCGGCAAAGAUGGCUGGGUCCUGAAGCCCUCUGAGGACUACAGCCGCUGGGCUCAAAGAAACCGCUUUCAAGUCAAUGAUUCUGUCAUUUUCAAGUACAGCAAAGGGUCUGAUUCGGUGCUGGUUGUGAACAAAGACGACUACUACAACUGCAAGAAAGACAGUCCCGCCGGAUCUCUCGAAGACGGCAACUCGGUGUUCAAGUUUAACCGCUCCGGUCCGUUUUUCUUUAUCAGCGGCUAUGGCGACAACUGCGAGAAAGGUCAGAAGCUAAUUAUCGUAGUGUUAGCCGUGUGGCAUAGGGCUCAUGGAGCUCCCCAGCCCACAUCGCUGCCGACUCCAACUCCAGCUCCUUGGACGGCCGCGCAUCCACAGCCGCCGUCGCAGUCUCCGUCUCCGUCUCCGGUCGUAUCGCCUGCUCCGGCGGCUGGGAGCCCCCAAGCUGAUUCCCCGACUGGUUUGGCAACGGAGAAUGCCCCUGGUAUGGGUGCUCCGGCCCCCGCUCCGUCAUCUGCGGCUGCAGUUGGUGAUCCGGUCGGGUUUGUGGCGGCGGUUCUAGGCUGCUUCUUCUUUGGCUUGCUGUAGUUGAUUUGGGAAGUGUAAGAACCGCAGUUGCUAUAUAUUAGAGGAUUCAUUAAUUUGAGGCUUCUUCUUUUUUGUUUUUUUCCUUUCUUUGUGGUAUUUAUUUAGUUUAUUUGUGGCCAUUAAUGUUAACAUUUUGUUUAAUUCCUUAAUUGGGAAGCCUCAAAUCCGCAAU